AUGAAAUUAUCAACUGCUACAUUCGUUUUAGCUGCUGCUACUUUGGGUACCUCUACCAAAUUAUUUCCAAAUUCAACUGACAUCAUUUCAGAAAUUGAAUAUUCUGAGCCUUUCUUCAUAAAGUUUGCAAACGGUACAUUAUCUGACAUCUUAGAUUACUUUGAAAAUAAUGAUAUAGUAAACUUUGUUGAGUACGAAAUCAAUUCCGGUAACCUACCAAUAACAUUUGGCGGUGACACUUCUUCUAUCUUCAACAUUAAUGACAUCGAAUCCUUACUAUCCCAAGAAUUCAGAUUAUCCAGCUUAGGUCAACUUCUGAAUACCGCUAAUGAAACUGCCGAUAACUUUUACGGUAAAGGUUACUCCAUUUCUGGUGGUCUACUUAACUUCAAGGGUUUGAACAACUGGACUAUCAAUCUAAAUGGUCCUAACUUGAACAUCAACCUUCCAGGUAGUACUUUCACUACCACUACAGGUUUGAUGCCAGUUGUAUUAAGUGCUGUUACGCAAGAUGGUACUACUUUAUCUAAUUUCCCAAAUACUCCUGUAUCUGCAAAUGUUAAGAGGGAAGAACCGGUUUCAAAUAUAACUUCUUCUGAGAUUCAGAAUACCACUUCUACAGUUCCUAUUACUACUUCUUCAUUCCACUCUUAUGUCAACAGUACAGGUUUUGAAACUGCCACCAGUGUUCCUUCUGCUAUCCAAAGUUCUAUUUCUCGUAACCAUACAAAUGGUACUCGUCCAUCAACUAUUUCCUCUAACUUUGAAGGUUUUGCCCUAAGAAACGAUGUUUCUUGUGGCUCUUUGAUGGGCUGUGUUGCUGUAGCUUUAUUGCUAAUUUAG